AUGUCGACCAUUCUCAUCACUGGAGGCGGGCGCGGCAUUGGGUAUGAACUUGCCCGGCAGCUGGCGCAACUGCCGCCAUCGCGCGUCUCCCUUAUCCUCGUCACGACUCGAGGUCCAUCCAAGGUCUUGGAAAACCUUGUAUCUGCCUCAUCUGGACGUGUUGUACGAGUUGCAUGCGAAGCCACCGACGAGCUUUCUGUGAAAGCGGCAGCCUCUGAAGUGGAAGCGAAACUCGCAGGUAGAGGCCUUGAUAUUCUCAUCAACAACGUCGGGGUUAUGCCAGGUACGGAGGGUGGAGUAUCAGCCCUGGAUGGAAAAGAGCUGCUUGCCACAUUCGACGUUAAUGUCGUGAGCACACAUCUCAUGACUAAAGCAAUGAUUCGACUGCUGCGAAAGGGCAGCGGAAAGAAAGUGGUCAUGGUGUCUACGCCCGUGGGGUCCAUCAACCAAGCAAAUAAAUAUACAUGGCUCCCGGUGCCAGCGUACAAAAUUACAAAAGCCGCGAUGAAUAUGCUGUCCGUCCAAUAUGCCUUGGACUACGGAAAAGAAGGAUUUACUGUUGUCGCUGUUUCUCCAGGAUGGCUUCAAACCGACAUGGGAUCCCAAGACGCAGACCUAGAUGUUACGACUGGUGUUGAUGCGCUCAAGAAGCUGAUCUUAUCGACCACUACAGAGUCGAAUGGAAAGUUUUAUAAUAUUCACGUUCCGGGCUGGGAGAAGGCAGAUGGCCCGAAUCAGUAUGAUGGAGCAGAAAUUCCGUGGUAG